UUUUACUUUUAGCCUUCAAUUUUUAUUUCCGAGUAUGAGUAGAAAAAGCUUGAUUACUUCAAAAAGACCACCAAGUAAUGCAUUUAAAUCACCACUUCAGAAGACACAACAGAAGAGUAAAACAGAAGAACUAAACAAACCAUGUGAAGAUGAUGUACAGGAACUGGAGAAGAAAUUACAGGAAAUUAACGCUGAAAUAUGUGAAUUAGAAAAAAGCUCUGAAACAGCUAUGAUACCAGAGAGUAGCUUGCUACCUGUUCUAGAGGGUGUUAGAACCAAAGAUCUAUAUCCUCGCUACAACCUUCAACUGGAUGACUGAAAGGGACUAAUAAAAUAUAUAUACUUAUAUAUCAUAACUUAUGUUCGUGUUAAUUUUCAUUGUCUUUUGAAAUAAAACUAAAAAAAGUACAUA